GCUAACACAUAUAAACAAAUUAAACAGAAAUUUACGGAAAACGAAAUUAAUAGAUCGCUUUUUCUUUUCCUCCCGGAGUCCCUCAAGGCUACAAUCUAGAUCUAUAUCUAGAUCUAGAAUCUAGAAGUCUAGUACACUUGUUGACUCAACAAGAAUUGUUAGUUCUACCGUUGCAGUUUUUGACAUUUGGUCAAGUAUGCUCACAGUGGUCUCCUACCUCUUCAGUCUUCUUUUGAAGAGACGAUCUAACGCAUUUCUACACGCAAAUGGGAAUUUAACCAGCGAUCAGUUGGUUCGAUUGUCCAGCUCAAGUGCUUGUCAGUUGCUUGAGAUGGUCAAGUCCAUUAUCCCUGAACUUCAUCAUGGCAUGCAUAAAGGCCAGGCAGGGAGAGUGGCAAUUGUUGGGGGAUGUAAAGAAUAUACUGGUGCACCUUACUUUGCUGCAAUAUCGGCCCUAAAAGUGGGAGCUGAUCUGUCUCACGUGUUCUGUACGGGAGAUGCUGCACCUGUCAUCAAGAGCUACAGUCCUGAGCUUAUUGUUCACCCCAUACUAGAUAACAACAAUGUCCUGAGUGAGCUGUCCGAGUGGCUGCCUCGUUUUCAUGUGCUUGUCAUCGGCCCAGGCCUCGGGCGAGAGGAGCAGCUGAUGAAAACAACAGCUGCAGUGAUUCUAAGAGCGAAGGAAAGACAGUUGCCCUUAAUUAUUGAUGCAGAUGGGCUGUAUUUGGUCACCCAAGACCCUUCCAUCAUCUAUGGCUAUGAUAAUGUGAUACUGACUCCCAAUGUUGCUGAGUUUGGUCGGCUUUACAAGAAAAUUUUCUCUCGUGAUCCAGAUCCCCAAGAGUCUGUGACGAAUGUGAAGCAGCUGAGCAGAGAGAUGGGGAAUGUCACCAUUGUACAGAAAGGUGCCCAAGACAUCAUCUCAAAUGGAGAACAUGUCCUGAUAUGCACGGAGCCCUGUAGUCCCAGGCGAUGUGGUGGUCAAGGUGACCUGCUGUCUGGCUCUAUGGGGACUUUUUCUGUGUGGGCAAGCAUGGCUGGGGAGAGUCAGCUCCAAUGCUCUCUUGUGUCCACGUACGGCCGAGGUAUGUGUGCUGCAUACGCCGCCUGUCUCCUCACCCGUCGCUGUAACUCUCUCGCCUUCAAAAGCCAUGGCCGCUCAAUGACAACGACGGACAUGAUUAGCCAGAUCCAUUCUGCAUUUGAGGGCCUUUUCUCAUGAUGGAGGGAGUGAGGAAGAUCUAACCAGAACACUGACCCCAAUUAUGUUGCAUCCAAAAUCUGCUAUAAAGUAUCACUGUGUUACUAUUUUGACCAUAUAGUGCAUUUAACUAGAGUAACGGUAAUGUUUACUGCAUUUAUGUAUGCAUUAUUUCACCAAUGCUAAUCUAGACUGCCGCAUAUUGUCGCUGUCACAAGCAAUCCACUUAAGUCCAAAUUUUGAGCAAUUUUAGAUUUUUAUACUCUUCCCAAAGCUCUAUCAAAAAUUCACCUUUCAACAUCACCAAAAUGCUGUUUAAUGCUACAGUCAACACGUCAAGGCUUGAAUUUUUUUUGCUUUUCAUGAUUCCUGACGAGAACAACACAAUAAAAACUAGUAUUUUUGUCUCUGGUGUAAAAA